CCUUAAUAAAUAAAUAAACAAAUUUAAAUUUGCAUAAAAAAAAACUUCGUCAAUAAAAGUCAAGAAGCUCAAUAAUGUCCAACAACAUUGAAUCUAACAUACCUGUAAAAUUUACUGAAAAUUCAAAAAAUGAGUGGAUUAAUUGGAUUGAAGUAGCUAUUGCAAAAGAUUACUUUAAAUAUUAUGAAUUCAAUCAUUUUAGUAAUUUUCAAGAAAUUGGGUUUGGAGGUUUUGGGAAAGUUUACCGUGCGAACUGGAAAAGUUCUCAUAAUUAUUUAGCAUUAAAAUCUUUUUCUAAUUCCAACAACGUCACAAUUAAAGAGAUCGUUAAAGAGCUUAAAAUUCAACGUGAAGUGGAUUUCCAUGAGAAUAUUAUUCGUUUCUGUGGCAUUACAACAGAAGAUCAAAUUGAUAAUUCAAAAAAAUAUUGGUUAGUGAUGGAAUAUGCAGACGGAGGUACUCUUCAAGAAUAUUUGAAGGAACAUUUUGAUAAUCUUACUUGGAAUAAUAAAUUUAAUAUGGCACUUCAAUUGGCUUGUGCUAUAUUAUGCUUACAUGAUGAAGAAAUUAUUCACCGUGAUCUGCAUUCAAAAAAUGUGUUAGUUCAUCAAAAUAUAAUUAAAUUAGCUGAUUUUGGUCUAUCAAAAAGAAUUGAAGAAUCAUCCAACCUUCAGUCUUCAACAAAAUUAUUUGGAGUAAUUCCUUAUAUUGACCCAAAAAGCUUUAGUAAUCAAGAUUAUAAAUUAAAUAAAAAAAGUGAUAUUUAUAGCAUUGGAAUACUUUUAUGGGAGAUAUCCAGUGGUAAACCUCCUUUUCAUACUGAAGGCAAAUCAUAUGAUGUUUGUUUAGCAAUUAAUAUAAUACAAGGUCUUAGAGAGACGCCUAUUCCUGACACUCCUGAAGACUAUAAAAACGUUUAUACUGAUUGUUGGAAUAAUGAACCAGAUGGUCGUCCCACUAUCAAUCAGUAAACAGCAACUCAAUUUGAAUGCUUUUGAAGAUCCUAUAAAUAAUCCACCACAUGGGGAAUUAUCCAAAAUUAUUCAAAAUUUUAACGAUAUGAGUACUAAAGAAAUAGAUUCUUCAAUAUCAUCAAAUAAUAACUUUAAGGUGACAGUUGAUGAAAUGGUAGAACUUUCUGAUAAGACAAAUAUAGAUGCAGAACAGUUAGAUAGACAAAGCCUUUAUAAUUAUCUUAAUAAUCGUAAUAUAACUUCACGGGAAAUUUAUAUUUGGAUAAUAGAUAAUCAAAAUUAUUUAAAUUCUAUUGUUUUACUUGGAGAUUUUAAUUACUUAGGAAUUGAAACUAAUAUUGAUAAAGAAAAGGCAUUUGA